AUUCUAUCUUGGGGAAAAAAAUAUCUCAUUACCAAAUCUCCUUCUCCAGAGAAAAAAAAGCCAAAAUAUCAUGGAAGAAGUGCAAGACAUUGUAAUUGUGGGAGCUGGAAUUGCUGGUCUUACAACAUCCUUAGGACUUCAUAAGUUGGGUAUUCGAAGCUUAGUAUUGGAAUCCUCAAGUAGUUUGAGGAUCACAGGAUUUGCCAUUGGAACAUGGACAAAUGCUUGGAAGGCCUUAGAUGCUGUUGGCAUUGGUGACUCCCUUCGACAACAACAUAAACAGAUUUAUUGGAAUUUGAGUACCUCUACAAUUUCAGGAGUUCAAAUAGCAGCGAUGUCAUUUGUUGCCAAAGGAAAAUAUGGAGACCACGAAUUUCGUUGUGUGAAUAGGAAGCUAUUGUUGGAAGCCCUUGCAAAGGGGCUCCCAAGUGGCACCAUUAGGUUCUCUUCCAAGGUGGUUUCUAUAGAGAUAUCAGGCUUUUAUAAGCUUGUGCAUCUUGCUGAUGGAACCAUUCUCAAGACUAAGGUGUUGAUUGGGUGUGAUGGAGUGAACUCAGUGGUGGCAAAGUGGUUGGGCUUCAAGGCACCGACUUUCACAGGGAGAGCUGCCAUCAGGGGUUGUGUAAAUUUCAAGUCCAAUCAUGGGUUUGAGCCUAAGUUCUUUCAGUUCUUCGGGAAAGCAUUCCGAUUUGGUUUUCUUCCUUAUGAUGACAAUGGCGUCUAUUGGUUUUUAUUGACAUCCAGCGAAGAUAAAGAGAGAGAAGACAGCCCAAUUAAAAUGAAGCAAUUUGUGUUAAGCAAGUUAGGAAAUGAAUAUGUACCUGAUGAAAUAAAGGCCGUUGUUGAAAAUACUGAAUUGGAUUCCAUUAUAUCGUCCCCAUUAAGGUACAGACAUCCCUGGGAGCUUCUUUGGGGAAACAUCAACAAAGACAAUGUAUGUGUAGCCGGUGAUGCACUCCACCCCAUGACCCCAGACAUUGGCCAAGGUGGUUGUGCUGCCUUAGAAGAUGGUGUUGUUUUGGCCAGGUGCCUUGCUGGGGCUUUGCUUAAAGAACAAAGUGAGGAAACAAGAGGGGAAGGUGAUAGAGAAAAAGAGGAAUAUAAGAGGAUUGAGAUGGGGUUGAAGAAGUAUGCCAAAGAGAGGAGAUGGAGAAGCAUUGAGCUCAUAAAUACAUCUUAUUUUGUUGGUUUUUUACAGCAGGGUAAUGGACAAGUGACAUCCUUCUUAAGAGACAAUAUAUUGCCUACAUUCCUAGCUGGGUUACCGUUGAAGAGAGCUGAUUUUGAUUGUGGGAAGCUCAGCAUUUCUUGAAUGCAGUCAUGCAUAUACAUAUGUUUUGCAUUGUUAUUGCUAUUUUUUUUUUCAACCAUU